GCCCGGAGCCGGGCGGCCCCGCGGCUGCUGGCGGGGGAGCCUUCCGCGUGUGGGAGGCUCUAGGAACCGGGGUGACCUCCGCUUUUUCUCCCUGAGCUGGGGUGACGCUGGCGUUAUUGCCUAGGUCACUAGGUCAGGGAACGCUCGAGAAGAAAUAGGGGCAGAUUUUUUUUUUCUUUUGAAAUUGUUGGGAGUAAGCAACCUCGAGUUUGGACGAGGUUAUGUGUAAGGAGUUAUUUUGUACAAGAAUCUUGUGAGACCACUGUGGAGCGAGGUGAUGAUUGUGCAAAGAGUGGUUCUGAAUUCCCGACCUGGAGUAAAUGGUAAUCCAGUGGCAGAAAAUUUCCGAGUAGAAGAAGUAAAUUUGCCAAAUAAUAUCAAUGAAGGACAAGUACAAGUGAGAACUCUUUAUCUUUCUGUGGAUCCUUACAUGCGUUGCAGGAUGAAUGAAGACACUGGUACUGACUAUAUAACACCUUGGCAGCUGUCUCAAGUGGUUGAUGGUGGAGGUAUUGGAAUUGUAGAAGAAAGCAAACACUUAAAUUUUACCAAAGGCGAUUUUGUGAUUUCUUUCUAUUGGCCCUGGCAAACCAAGGUGAUUCUGGAUGGAAAUGGCCUUGAAAAGGUAGACCCACAGCUUGUGGAUGGACACCUUUCAUACUUUCUUGGAGCUAUAGGUAUGCCUGGUUUGACUUCCUUGAUUGGGAUACAGGAGAAAGGUCAUAUAACUGCUGGAUCUAAUCAGACAAUGGUUGUCAGUGGGGCUGCUGGUGCUUGUGGAUCUUUGGCCGGGCAGAUUGGCCAUUUGAUGGGCUGUUCCAGAGUGGUGGGAAUUUGUGGAACGCAAGAAAAGUGCCUCCUUCUGACCUCAGAACUGGGCUUUGAUGCUGCAGUUAAUUAUAAAAAGGAGAAGGUGGCAGAAAAGCUCCGUGAAUUAUGCCCAGCUGGAGUGGAUGUUUACUUUGACAAUGUUGGUGGUGACAUCAGUGACACAGUGAUAAGUCAGAUGAAUCGGAACAGCCAUGUCAUCCUGUGUGGUCAAAUUUCUCAGUACAACAAAGAUGUGCCUUAUCCUCCUCCACUACCCCCUGCUGUAGAAGCAAUCCAAAAAGAAAGAAACAUCACAAGAGAAAGAUUUCUGGUGUUGAACUAUAAGGACAAAUUUGAGUCUGGCAUUCUACAGCUGAGCCAAUGGUUUAAAGAAGGAAAGCUAAAGAUCAAAGAGACUGUAAUGAAUGGACUGGAAAACAUGGGAGCUGCAUUCCAGUCCAUGAUGACAGGAGGUAACAUUGGAAAGCAGAUAGUUUGCAUUUCAGAAGAAACCUCUGUGUAAUGUGUAUAAGCAUCUUCAUCAAGGAAAUACACAGAUUUUGCACAAAGAUUUUAAAGAUACAUUAAAAAAAUCUUGGAGUACAGAUAGCUUUUUAUUUAAGUGUGAUCAUUGGUAAUAUUUUCUAAUUGCAUAACAUAAUUUUUUCCUAUAUCUUCAAUAUCCUAUAUGUUCUCUAUAUCCAACAUAAAUAUUUACAGUAAUAGAUUGAAGUUAACAUGACCUAUUUUUCUUUCUUUUACUAAAACUGGUAUUAUAUAUGAUAUUUGAUCAGAUAUUUGGAAACCACUGGAGAUUUGAUAUAACUGUUUAAUGGAUUAUACAAAAUAAAUGGAUUUUUACAGUUAAUAACUUUUAUUUAAAAUAGAAUGCUUGUGAAGACAUGUAGUAAAUGUAUGUUGACCUGGAAAUGCUUUAUAUAAUUCUUGAACUGUAACUUGGUAUAAGAAUAGAAUUGGGAUGGCUUUUCUGUAUUGUAGAUAGAAAAGGGAUUUAAUAGCAGGGCACGUGUUAGAGUUUGGGGGGUGGAAUUUAGAGCUUGUGGAGUUUUCAGGAUAGGAGAGCAGAGACUUUGUGUUGAGAAGAUAAAUAACAGGUCAGUCAGGUUGAUGAAGAAACUAGUUUACUACAGAGGAUGAUCUGUGUUUUGCUAACUAGUUUCCUCUAUAGCAUAAAAACUCAAUAUAUAUUGAUAAAGCAUGUUUGUUUUAAGUUAGCAGGCAUAUACUGUCAAAUAGCAUAAAGAUUUUCCAGGGCAAAUAGAUAUAAACAUCACUUGAAGUUUCAGGUGAUUAGAAAUAUUUAGGCAAUCAAGACAGCUUUAGAAAAUGACAGGACUAAGAAAAUUAACAAAUGUUUGAAACAUGAACGUUCAAAAUUAAUGUGCCUUUAAAUAAGAGGAUCUGUUUCAUUAAUUAUAAUCAGCCCUUUACAACAAUAAAAUUGAUUUUAUUUUCCUA